UCUCGCUCUAGACUUUCACUCUCCCGCUGAGAUUUGAAGUUCGUUUUCGUUGCUGAGCGAAAGGACGACUCCGAGGUCUUACUUUCACCUUAAAGCCAUAAUGAGUGGUGAAAAGCCAUCUGUGUUGAUAGAUAUUAUUUCUGACACCGUCUGACCAUGGUGUUUCGUUGGAAAACGCCAUCUGGAAGAGGCCAUGGAGGUGUUUUCCAACGAUUUGUCAUUUGUGGUGACAUGGAAGCCUUUCUUCCUAAACCCCACAACUCCAGAGGCUGGAAUACCUCUCAUUCAAUACCUGACUCAAAAAUAUGGAGCCAGAGCAGGUGCCAUGGCCAAGGAUGGAACUAGUCCUCUGACUAAAGCUGGGUUGAAUGUGGGCAUCCAUUUCACAACAGAUCGUCUCAUAGUCAACUCCUUAAGAUCUCACUGUAUGCUGGACUAUGCCAAGUCUGAGGGAAAACAAAAUCUUUUGGCAGAAAACCUUUUCAAAAUAUAUUUUGAACAAGGAAAGAACAUUAACUCCACUGAUGUUUUGGCUCAAGUUGCAGUGGACACUGGGCUCAACAUAGAUGCUAUGGAGAAGCACCUGAAGGACAAAUCAGUUGUUUCACGAGUGCAAGAGGAAGCCAUGGAGGCUCAUGAUGAAGGAGUCCAUGGAGUGCCUUUCUUUAACAUCCACCUUAAAGGAGAAAGCCAGAAGAUUGCUGAAUUCUCAGGUGCCCAACCACCUGAUACAUUCAAGAGUAUCUUCCAGCGCCUCCUGAAUAGAUUCAAAGCUAGUGUUUAGAGUUACCAAAUUGAAUACACUUCUGGCAUAGUUCUACUCAUCAAGCACAUUAACUUGGGUAGUCAUUAGCUAAUAAUACUGUUAUUUAAGAAAUAUCUUUUAGUAGUGGAGGUGUUUUUAGCAUUGUGUAAUAUGUAUUCAAGAAAACAAGGUCUUCUAUUUCACCUAAAUCCAGUGUCUGUGGUAAGAUUUUAAACACUUUCCUUCUUGUGGUUAGCCUGCCUUGUGCUCAAGCAAAGCCUGCUUAUUUUGGGAGGCCAAGUUUUAUUUUUUGGCAACUUGCCUAGCUUUGUUGUCAUGAAAGGUUUAAAACUUUUCUAGUCACUUGUAGUGGAUGAUUUCCCAUGAUUCGACAUGAUUACCAUUGGAAAAAAAAAACUACUUUCAAGGGUUUGAUGAUAAGAGUCACAAGGAAAUAAAGACAGCACAAAACAAAUGAAACUUAGAAAAACAUCUCUAUAAACAUCAUCUGACACAGUUACACCAACAGUCGUAUCAGUAAUAUCAAUGUUAUUUCUCAAGUUGGAUGCAGCCAUUUAGAUUUUCAAAUGAACGUAAAACCCAUUAGAACAAGCAACCUUAAAAAAAAAAGUAGUGUGGUGGUUAGAAAGCUGUAAUGAUCCAAGGCUUGGAACAGUGAUGUCAGUAAGGAUCUGUGACUGAAUGAUUAUCUUAGGAUAAAUUUGUGGUCAUUCUAAGAUUUGAUGAUGAUCGUCACAAAGAUAUGUGGGGUGUUUGUGAUUUGCCUCACAUUAACACAGAUUUGUAAAGAGACUUUUGCAUUAGUCAUUGUGCUUAUGAACAUAACUGUAGACUUUGUGUGUUUGUAAACUUCACGUAGAUGACAGCUUUGGAGUAAAAGAGCUUGCUCAAACUUAA